AUGGACAUUCUAAAACCGUUCCCAAUUCUCCGUCUACCGUUUCUAGCUCUUGAAGAAGUUUUCAAAGCGAUGGUCCCAUUUGAAAUAAUCAACUUCUCAAUUAUAAGCAAACGAGCAAAAGCAAUAACAAAGCAGAUGAGUUUCUGUCCGAAAUAUUUUAUCCGUCUUUGUAUAGAUGAAACAUUGGUAAUAGAAAUGCAUGGAACUAAUCGUCUGGUGUCAUGUACUUAUCUAAUGACAUCAGACAAACAAAUGGAGGGAAAAAUUGAGGAAUAUGGAUGUGAUGGCUACAUUGUACGGAGGAUAUACAAGUAUUCGACGGAUCCAAUAGAGGAAUGGAAACAAUUGAGUAAACAUAUAUUGGAAAUAUUCAAGAAACUGACAAUCGAUGUAUUAACACUGCAUAUGGAUGCAUUGUGGGAAGAAGAGCAUGAUGUAGAUGAUCACGCCGCAUAUCUUCUCAGUAAUUUUAAAGUUAACAAUGAGUUGAAUUUUUAUCUAGACACUAAAAACGUCAAUUUCGAUGGGAAAAUUCCAAAAAAUCUUAAGGAAUUACAUAUCCUAAACUCGCAUUGGAUUGGAUAUGAGAAACUGCUGAAAAUAGAUUGUGAGCAUGUAUCCCUGAGAAAUAAUCAAAUCACGAAUGAAGAAUGGAAUAUGUUCCUUAAGAAAUGGAUAACAAUGGAAACAAAUCAGAAUCUGGAAUACUUGCAAUUCGAUUAUAGAGAACUAGAUGGAUUCAGAGAACUCGUAUUGCAUGAUAUACCACACGAAGUGGUGGACGAAGGGGUCGAACGAAACCUGAUAAUCUUUCCUGAUGAAACUGAUGAGAUAAAUGGAGGGAUCGACAUCCGACGAAUCGAUGGAAAGACGGCGACAUUCUUUGUUCAAUAUAAUGUUUUUUCGAUGAGUGUUAACUGA